GGUGAGCAAAGCACGAGCUCGAAGUUGCGAAUAGAAUCGAAUCAUGGCGAACAUAGACAUAGAGGGAAUACUGAAGGAGCUGCCGAAUGAUGGGCGUAUACCGAAGACGAAGAUCGUGUGCACUUUGGGGCCUUCAUCUCGGUCGGUGGAGAUGUUGGAGAAGCUGCUGAGGGCUGGCAUGAAUGUUGCUCGCUUUAACUUCUCCCAUGGCACUCACGACUACCACCAGGAGACCCUCAACAACCUCCGCACUGCCAUGCACAACACUCAGAUCCUCUGCGCCCUCAUGCUCGAUACCAAGGGACCUGAGAUUCGGACUGGAUUCCUCAAGGAUGGGAAACCCAUUCAACUUAAGGAAGGCCAGGAAAUCACCAUUACCACUGACUACAACAUCAAGGGAGAUCCAGAGACCAUUUCCAUGAGCUACAAAAAGCUGGCCGUGGACUUGAAGCCUGGAAAUACCAUUUUAUGUGCAGAUGGCACCAUUACCCUCGCUGUCUUGUCUUGUGAUCCAGCGGCUGGUAUUGUGAGGUGCCGUUGUGAAAACAGUGCAAUGCUGGGUGAGAGGAAAAAUGUCAAUCUUCCUGGUGUUGUGGUUGAUCUUCCCACACUGACAGAGAAGGACAGGGAAGAUAUUCUGGGAUGGGGUGUUCCUAACAACAUUGAUAUGAUUGCUCUUUCAUUUGUACGCAAAGGAUCAGAUCUAGUUAAUGUCCGUAAAGUUCUUGGACCCCAUGCCAAGAACAUACAGUUGAUGUCAAAGGUUGAAAACCAGGAGGGUGUUAUCAACUUUGAUGAGAUACUGCGUGAGACUGACUCAUUCAUGGUUGCACGAGGUGAUCUUGGUAUGGAAAUCCCAGUUGAGAAAAUUUUUCUGGCACAAAAAAUGAUGAUAUAUAAGUGUAACCUUGUGGGAAAGCCUGUUGUCACGGCCACUCAGAUGCUUGAAUCCAUGAUCAAGUCUCCACGACCAACGCGUGCUGAAGCCACAGAUGUAGCUAAUGCUGUCCUUGAUGGCACUGAUUGUGUCAUGCUUAGUGGUGAGAGUGCAGCUGGGUCCUAUCCAGAACUCGCUGUGAAGAUCAUGGCUCGGAUAUGUAUCGAGGCAGAAUCUUCCCUUGACUAUGGGGCUAUCUUCAAGGAGAUGAUAAAGUCUACACCACUUCCAAUGAGCCCAUUGGAGAGUCUUGCAUCCUCUGCUGUCCGAACAGCCAACAAGGCAAGGGCCAAACUCAUUGUUGUGUUGACACGUGGGGGGAGCACCGCAAAAUUGGUGGCCAAGUACAGGCCAGCUGUUCCUAUCCUGUCGGUGGUUGUUCCAGUUUUGACCACAGACUCGUUUGAUUGGGACUGCAGUGAUGAGACUCCAGCAAGACAUAGCCUGAUAUACAGGGGUUUGAUUCCUCUAUUGGCUGAAGGAUCUGCGAAGGCCACCGAUUCUGAAUCCACUGAGGUGAUCCUGGAUGCUGCUCUAAAGUCGGCAACAAAAAGGAGACUGUGCCAGCCUGGUGAUGCUGUGGUGGCACUUCAUCGUAUCGGAGUUGCAUCUGUCAUCAAGAUCUGCAUAGUGAAGUAAUGUUGAGGAUGCACAUAUCGCAUCCUAGGGGAAGACUUUGCUUUCAGGUUUCUCUUAUACCGCUGUGGUUUUAGCUGUCAAAGCACUGAACAAUCUAGUAUAUUUUCUUUCCCUAAUGUGAGAGGCUAUGGGGACCUCUAGGUCCUAUGUUGAGCUAAUGCUGUGUACUUUAUGAGCUAAUUUCCUGAAAUAAAAAUAAGAUUCAGGAAACCCUACAAGUAUCAAUAACGGUCAAGGUCAUAGAAAUGGUCGAGUGAUCAGACAUUCAAGCUGAAAUGAAACCUACUGGCUUACUGCUUGUGUGAAAUGAAUACUCUACAUUCUUACAGUGAACAUGUCGUUGGUAUUAUAAGCGAGGUGGGAUCAGAUUAGAUGAGAAUAGCGAGCAUGCACGAGUAGCAAUAGCAGCAGCAGAUCACCAUUCACCAGGCCAGAAUCACUACAUGGAAAUGGAGUAUGGACCAAAACCAAGGGACAACUCGAUGCAUGUGUCGGUGUCACCACGCACUCCGCGCAUAAAGCAUGCGCCUUUCAGCUACGACGUCUCUUUCUCGUUAACUCAUUAGCCUUUAUUUAAGAAGAGUCUAGGGACGUUAUAUUCGUAUCCUUGUCUGACUUGUAUUCGUCUCUCUUUUUCUGAAAAGAACUUGUAUUCUUCUCUCUUAUCCUUGUCUAUUACAGACUUUCAGGAAGCGUUAUCUUUCUAGAAUUCAAAUUCAAAUAUUUGGAUC